GUAGGUCCCGGAGGAGCGUGAGCCGAGCGGCCGGCGCAGCGUGAGACAGCACAUCCUGCGCGCGCCGGGCCCGCCGCCCUCGGGAAGCGCACGAGCGCCGCCGCCGCCGCCGGGGAGCCGUGGCCGUGCUCUCGAGCCCAGUUGCGCAGCCGCCGCCGACCGCGUCCAGGAAACCAACAUGUCUGACAAAAGUGACUUAAAAGCUGAGCUAGAGCGCAAAAAACAGCGCUUAGCACAGAUAAGAGAAGAGAAGAAACGGAAGGAAGAGGAGAGGAAAAAGAAAGAGGCUGAUAUGCAGCAGAAGAAAGAACCAGUUCAGGAUGACUCUGACCUGGAUCGCAAACGCCGAGAGACAGAGGCUUUGCUGCAAAGCAUCGGGAUAUCGCCGGAGCCCCCUCUAGUCCCAACCCCUAUGUCUCCCUCCUCGAAAUCAGUGAGCACUCCCAGUGAAGCUGGAAGCCAAGACUCAGGCGACCUGGGACCAUUGACAAGACGAAGACUGCAUAAGCUGGGUGUGUCGAAGGUUACCCAAGUGGAUUUCCUGCCCAGGGAGGUAGUGUCCUACUCCAAGGAGACCCAGACUCCUCUGGCUACACAUCAGUCCGAAGAGGAUGAGGAUGAUGAGGAAAUGGUAGAACCUAAAGUUGGCCAGGAUUCAGAACUGGAAAAUCAAGACAAAAAACAGGAGGUGAAGGAAGCUCCUCCAAGGGAGCUGACAGAGGAAGAAAAACAGCAGAUCCUUCACUCAGAGGAAUUUCAUAUCUUUUUUGAUCGGACAAUACGGGUAAUUGAAAGAGCGCUGGCAGAAGACUCCGAUAUCUUCUUUGACUAUAGUGGUCGAGAGUUAGAGGAAAAAGAUGGGGAUGUCCAGGCUGGAGCCAACCUUUCUUUCAAUCGUCAGUUCUAUGAUGAGCAUUGGGCCAAGCACCGAGUAGUCACUUGUAUGGACUGGUCUCUCCAGUACCCCGAGCUGAUGGUCGCUUCCUACAACAACAACGAAGAUGCUCCCCAUGAACCAGAUGGAGUGGCCUUGGUUUGGAACAUGAAGUUUAAGAAAACCACACCAGAAUACGUCUUCCACUGUCAGUCCUCUGUGAUGUCCGUCUGCUUUGCUCGUUUCCAUCCCAACUUGGUAGUUGGUGGGACUUACUCGGGCCAGAUUGUCCUGUGGGAUAAUCGCAGUCAUCGGAGGACGCCAGUCCAGCGGACACCCUUGUCGGCAGCUGCACACACACAUCCCGUGUACUGUGUAAAUGUUGUUGGGACCCAGAAUGCUCAUAACCUCAUCACUGUCUCUACCGAUGGUAAAAUGUGUUCCUGGAGCCUGGACAUGCUCUCCACUCCACAGGAGAGCAUGGAGCUGGUGUACAAUAAGUCCAAGCCUGUGGCUGUUACCGGAAUGGCUUUCCCAACGGGAGACGUCAAUAACUUCGUGGUUGGCAGCGAGGAGGGUACAGUCUACACGGCCUGUCGUCAUGGAAGCAAAGCAGGUAUUGGGGAAGUCUUCGAAGGCCACCAAGGGCCAGUGACAGGAAUUAACUGCCACAUGGCAGUGGGCCCAAUCGACUUUUCACACCUGUUUGUCACGUCGUCGUUUGACUGGACCAUCAAACUGUGGACCACAAAGCACAACAAGCCGCUCUACUCCUUUGAAGACAAUGCAGACUAUGUGUACGAUGUCAUGUGGUCCCCCGUGCAUCCCGCGCUCUUUGCCUGCGUGGACGGGAUGGGGCGCUUGGACCUCUGGAACCUCAACAAUGACACCGAGGUUCCAACAGCAAGUGUGGCCAUUGAGGGGGCAUCCGCCCUAAACCGUGUUCGUUGGGCUCAAGGUGGCAAAGAAGUUGCCGUUGGGGACUCAGAAGGCCGUAUUUGGAUCUAUGACGUCGGAGAGCUUGCAGUUCCCCACAAUGAUGAGUGGACCCGAUUUGCCAGGACCCUCGUGGAGAUUCGUGCGAACAGAGCUGACAGCGAGGAGGAAGGCACCGUUGAGUUAUCCGCCUAGUGGAAAUGAGCCGUCCCCACCUUGACUUCUAGAGCUCAGCAUCUGCAGUCAUCAAGUCCGCUUGUAUUCAGUGUCCAUUAAGUAUCAGUAUUGCCGUGACCGUUUGGGUGCCAUGUUGUGCCAGCUUUGCUCCAAGUAUUCCAAAUAUAUACUGUCCACUGACCUGAAAUUCACCAGAGCAUUUCUAUCUUUAUAUCUCUGUCUCAAAAAUGGGGGUGGGGAGGUGGGAGCCUUUUUGGGUUGAGUUGUUGCCUUUUAACUACUUAGUAGCUGUAUUUAAUAGCUGGAAACCUCUGGUUAAAUUUGUGCUUACACGCACUUCUGGCAUAGUUCUAUUAAAUCCAUAUGAAGCCAGAUAUGAUUAGGUGCAGAUGUGGUGUCAUGCUAUGGUACAGGGCCAAAGACUUGAGAUGUGGCGUUUUACACGGUGACUCACAUUAUGAAUGGAUUUACUAGAAGAACAUUGCUGCUCCUUAUUUAUUGUGGUGUGCUGCAUGGAACAUAUUUAUUUGAAAGCAUUAAAAUAAACGAUCCUAGAGCAUGUGCAUAAUGAGAGGACUGCAUUGUCUCUCUGUUGCUGUUGAGGUUACAUUAAGUUCCAAAUAACAAUUACAGUAUGCCGGUUCCACUGAGGACAUGAAAUCUUUAGAGGUUUGUUGCAGUGAAUGGAAUGAAUUUUAAUGCCUAUUAUUUCUAGGUACUUCAACAAUAUUUCAAAUAUAGAUGAUCAUUGAUACUUGUCAUUCA